AUGGUGCUACUAGUUGUAGCUAAACCCAAUCUUGUCUCUUGCAACUUUCCAACUCUCAAAAACAAACAUUCGAUUCAACCACGGACAUCAACUACUACAACAACAGCAUUCAUCAGACCCAGUAGUUGUUUCAAGCCUGUAACAAUCAAAAACCCUAUUGCUGUUUCGUUUCGGAAAAAGGGUAGUAUUGUUAUUUGCCGUGAUUCCGACAGAGAGAGUGAGGUUAGAAGCAGUGGUGUUGAGGUUGUGGAGGAAGGAAAAAGAGAUUGGACAACCUCAAUUUUACUCUUUCUCUUAUGGGCUGCACUUAUCUACUAUGUCUCCUUUCUCUCCCCAAACCAAACACCGUCCACGGACAUGUAUUUCUUGAAAAAGCUGUUGAAUUUGAAAGGAGAUGACGGUUUCAGAAUGAAUGAAGUGCUUGUAUCUGAGUGGUACAUAAUGGGCUUAUGGCCUUUGGUAUAUAGCAUGCUCUUACUUCCCACUGCCAGAAGCUCAAAAAGCAAGGUUCCUGUAUGGCCUUUCCUGUCACUCUCCUGUUUUGGCGGCAUAUAUGCACUUCUUCCUUAUUUUGUGCUAUGGAAACCUCCACCGCCUCCUGUUGAAGAAGCUGAGCUUAAAACGUGGCCUCUAAAUUUUCUGGAAUCAAAAGUUACUGCAUCAAUACUGCUUGCUUCGGGGAUAGGUCUCGUAAUUUACGCCAGUUUAGCCGGGGAAGAUGUAUGGAAAGAAUUUUACCAGUACUGCAGGGGAAGCAAAUUUAUCCAUAUCAUGUCCAUUGAUUUUACUUUACUCUCAACAUUGGCACCAUUUUGGGUUUACAAUGACAUGACUGCUAGAAAAUGGUUUGACAAAGGUUCUUGGCUUCUUCCAGUAUCAUUGAUACCAUUGCUGGGUCCUGCUUUAUACAUUCUCCUACGGCCUUCGCUAUCAACCUCUGUCAUUGCACAAACUCCAGUAGAGUCAAAGUAG